GCAUUCAACUUUAAAUAAUAUUACCAUCAAUUUCGGCCAAAUAAUACAAGUGUCUUCAUGAUGACGUGAAUUUUAUACCUAUAAUUUUUUAAUAUGAGUAUCAUUGUUAUUUAAACGAUAUAAGAGGUACAUUAAAAACGUUAAAAUGUCUUCAAAACGUUCCAGUGUCUCUUUUGAAGCUGAUACUACGGAAAGAUUAUUAGAUAUUCCCGAGCCUUCAGAGUCUGUCAACGAUAAUUUACUUAUCUUUAAAAAUGAUGAACCUAAUAUAGACAAUCCUAACACAACAGAAAAUAUUCAAGAAAGUGAUCGAUUCAUCAACCAAGGUAAAAGCUGUUGUAGAUUACAUUGGAAAAUGACAUUAUUAUUAGUGUUCGCUGCUAUAAUCGUAGUAGGUUAUUCAUCCCUCUGGCUAACUAUUGUAAUAGCCGUUAAAAAUAAAUGA